GUAGUCCAAUUUCAACACGCAAAUUCAAUUAUGACUGUACACUCUAAAAAGAACCAUUGCUGAAUGGAAAACCCACAAAUGAUUCCAUUUUGAUCAACUCAUAGCCCCCAGAGAGAGAGAGAGAGAGUUAAAAAAAGGAGAAUCAAAUCAACGAAAUGGAGACGUUAAUGGAGGAAGAAGAGUACAACUGGAAAGAAGUGAAACUUCCUACACUAAUUCCAAUUGUACCGGAGCCGGAACUGGAGAGAGAAACCGGAGAGAGAAGAAGAGGCCGCGACAUAAUAAUCGCAGUUGAUCAUGGACCCAAUAGCAAACACGCUUUUCAUUGGGCCAUAACUCAUCUCUGCCGCCUUGCCGAUACCGUUCAUCUUGUUCAUGCCGUUUCGAGUUUGAAGAACCAGAUUGUUUACGACACGACACAGGUUCUUAUGGAGAAGCUUGCAGUGGAGGCGCUUGAGGUUGCUAUGGUAAAGUCAAAGGCUAGGAUCGUGGAAGGAGACGCAGGGAAGGCAAUUUGCAAGGAAGCAGAAAGGUUGAAGCCAGCUGCUGUUGUCCUUGGCACCAGAGGCCGAAGCUUGAUGCAAAGUGUGCUACAAGGAAGCGUUAGUGAAUAUUGCUUCCACAAUUGUAAAACCGCACCAGUCAUUAUUGUUCCUGGAAAAGAGGCUGGGGAAGAAUCUGUUUUGUAAUGGAGCAGCUGUUUCUUGAGAGCAAAUUUGUGUAAUGAAUGAUGUGAGUGUAUGUCUAUACAGUUCAUUUACUUGUGUUCUAAUGUAUUUUUCCAUUUAUGUCUAUUAAAAUUUUAUGUGUUGAGUUGCUACUGAUGAUAUAAUUUGUGAGAUAUAAAAAAUUUAGUGUCCAAGAUUGCAGUUACUUUGAGUUUGCCUUGGAAUCUUUCUAA